GUAUUAGUUUACUGCCGAACGCCGGCCCGACCGGUCACACGUGUGUGUCGUCGUUGUUGCAUUAUUAUUCCAUUUUUUAAAAAUUUGAUUUGAUUUUGAUUUUUCAAAUUUUCUGGUGGCGCUGAAUUAAAAAAACACGAAAAAAAUAGACCCGACGGGUGUUUUGCCAACAGCGACGGCGCAAGAUCAAACGUCCAUCCGUCGAAACGUUUCGAUAACAAACCGCCGUGUGGGAGGAGUGUGCCGUGUGUGUAGGAGGAGGAGGCCUGCCUUGUGUGUGUGUGUGUGUGUGUGCGCGAUCAGUGGUAGCAGCAGCAGCAGCAGCAAACCCCCGCUGUUAUUUAGACGUCCAUCAGUUUCCGCUCGACGCCUCGACCCUGCGGACGAGAAAAACAAAAAAUCCCGUCGCCUUUCGUUUUGUGUUUUGGUUUUUUUGGCGAUCGAGUUGAACUUUGAUCGUGAGCGAUAAUUGACACCAUCGUGUGGAGUCCAUCCUUCUUCUUGCUGUUAGACUCGGUGGUGUACAGUUGUGAGUGCCGUUUUCGAUCGUUUUCGUGUGGGCGGGCGAUUUGAAACACAAUUUCAAAAAAGGAUUCCGAGAAACAGCAAAAGUGUCAGGUGCGGAUCGUGAUCGGGAUGGAAUCGGCAACUAAAAUGAAAAGCGCCUCAGUCGUCAGGUCACCGUCGACGUCGCCCACCGAUUUGUCGCUGUGCAGCUCCAAACGCAAAGCCAUUUCGCACCAGUCGUCCAGCCAUCACCACCAUCACCACAACAACAACAACAACAACAACAGCAAACGAUUCCGGUUGUCGGAAGCGGCCGAGUCGGCCGCUGCUGCCGAGGCCGAACACCAACAACAACAGCUACAACAACAGAGAGGCCGAUCUUUGAGUAAAUCGACGGCACUGCCGGCCACUUCGUCUGGGGCCAGUUCGCCCAGCAGGGCCGGCAGCCUGGAUCACCAGCAGCAGCAGCAGAACGCUGCGGCGGCUAAAAUGCUGGGCAUGCCCGACCAGAACACGGCGUCCAUGUUGGCGGCCAUGGCGUUCGUGACGCGAGCGCGAUCGAGUUUCAUGAUCGGCGACAUUCUCAACUCGUCGAGAUGGACGGACCAGCCUCCGCAGUCGCAGCAGCACGGCCAACACCAGCACCACCACCACCCGCUGUUGGGCGCCUACCACCACCACCAGGGCGGGUCCCAUCCGGCGGCGACGGCGGCGGCCCUGAUGGCCGCCUCGGCCGCCGCCCAUCAUCACGUCCCGCAACACCUCAAUCAACUGCCUCACGGCCUGCACGGCCUCCACCAUCACCACCACCUGCUGCAGCAUCCGUCGGUGAUGGAGGCCGUUCACCAGCACCACCACCACCAGAGCGGAGGAGGCGGACACAAUAAGAAUCUCCUGCGCCAGCCGAGAGACGGGCACAGCAGCAAGUCGGACGAGGAGGAAGACGACGGUGACUCGGAGGUCGACGUCGAAUCCAACGCCAGUUACAACAGCCGUCAAACCAACAGUCUGACGAAUAAGGAGGACGGAAACGAAGAGGAGACGGAUGCCGACGAGGAGGAAGAGGAGGAGCUGAGAAACGCCGGCGGCGGUAGCGGAAAGGUUUUGGGCGGAGGGUCAGCAGCCGGAGCGGCCGGCAAGAGCGGAGGAGGCGGCGGCGGCGGAGGUGGUACCGGAGGCAACGGCGGGGGAGCUGGCAAUUCUUCGUCGAGACCGGCCUCGUCGCCGCCGUCGCCGUCGUCGUGCGGCCGGAAGCAGCGCAAAGCCCGUACGGCCUUCACCGACCACCAGCUGCAGACGCUGGAGAAGAGCUUCGAACGCCAAAAGUACCUCAGCGUUCAGGACCGGCUGGAACUGGCCGCCAAACUCAGUCUGACCGACACCCAAGUGAAAACUUGGUACCAAAAUCGCAGAACCAAGUGGAAGAGGCAGACGGCGGUCGGUUUGGAAUUGCUGGCCGAGGCCGGAAACUACGCCAGUCUGCAGCGGAUGUACGGCGGCGCCAACGGUUACGGCUGGCCUUACGGUCCCAUGACCCAGGGACCGCCCCCGGGACCGCCCAACUCGGCGGCAGCGGCCGCCGCAGCUGCCGCUUCGAUGGACCUCUACUACCGUCAAGCGGCGGCCGCCGCCGCCCUCCAGAAGCCGCUACCUUACCGGCUCUACCCUGGCCAGCAGCAGCAGCAGCAGCAACCGGGCGGCGGUGGGCCGGUUCAUUCGGGCCACCACGUCGGAGUGCCGGCCGGCUCGUCCGGCAGUCCCAUUUCCACCUCGUCGCCACUGCCCAGCCAUCAUCCGUACCCGGCGGGAUUGAGUCCGCUGCUCAGCGCGGCCAAUUCGGCCUCGGCCGGACUCAGUUCCUUGGCCGCCGCCUCGGCGGCCAUCACGUCUCAGCUCUACCCGGGCAACAACAACAAUAACAACAACAACAACAACGGCAACCGGGCUGAUUCGUCGUCAUAAUUUUGUUUCUUUAUCUUGUCCAUCAGGGACUCCGUUCCGUCCGUUUGGUUUGAUUUUUGUUUUUGUUGUUGCGCGUUUAGACUUUUGCCCAGCAUUAGCGAAUUUUGGCGUUUUUGUUUCUUUUUUCUUGUUUGAUUUGAUUUCGUUUUGUUUUGUGUGUAAAUGCGGGUGAUUCUUCUUCUUCUCCUUUUUCCUGCAUAUAUAAUUCACCCCCGUCGGCAGUGCGUGUGUUGCGUCAUCUCAUCCAUUUUUUUGGCUAUAUCCCGCGAAAUUUAAAAAAUUCAAAAAUUGGAAGAAAAAAAACUUGUUUGUUUUUUCUGUGUGUGUGUGUGUGUAUCCCCCCGGCAUCUGAUCAUUCUAUUAGAAGACAAAUAUUUAAGAAUGCACGACCAUGAUCUCAAGUGUGUGCCUGCAGUCGAUUCCCCCCUCCCACUCUCCUUCCUCUGUUAAAUUUAAUCUUGCAUUCGUUUUUGAAAUGUCAAAGCCACGCAAUUGUUUAAAUUUUUCCUCCUUUCAUCGUCGCGAAACGAGAAAUGUUUUAUUUCGGGAGUUGGCGGCGGACGGCAUUUCAAACUUUAUAUUAUUAUAAGAGACACACACACACACGCAAUAACGACGUGAGAGACGAUCAUUAACGAAAAGAUUCAAAACAUUCCCCCCUCCUCCUCCGCUAUUUACUACGUGAUUGUGAUAUAAAAUAUACACAUGAAAAGCAAAAAAAAAAUUAAUUAAUUCAAUAAUUCAAUUUUCUUUUUUUUUCUAAAAAAAAAAGAAAAAGAAAAUCACAAUUCGCUUGCCGACAUGUUGGCGCUGUGUGUCAUCAAACCUUGUGUUCAUUCGACAACAAAAAAUAAAAUCAAUCCAUCUGAGAACUUUAAAGAAAUAAAACAAAAUGAAUAAUUGGGAUUUAAUUAACUAUUAUGCUGGCGUCCAACAGCAGUUGGCGGUCGUAUAGCGUCAUUUUCAAUAUUUUCUUUCUGUUCAUAACUAUUUGCCAUUUCUUUUAUGUGCUGUACAGUAAAAUUCCGUUUGACUAAUAACUCACAUGCCCGCCAUUAUUUUGUGGAAUAUUGUUUCUUGAAUUUAUUAUUUCGAUUUUUGCGUCCCCCCUGUUCAUUUUUUGAGUGUGUCCGUGUUUUUUAAAUGUUGCGCAGUGUCUCUCUCUCUCACUACUCUUUUCUCUCUCUCCUCUAUCUUGUGGAAAACAAAAUUCAAUUUUUUCUUUGAUUGUUUCGAUAUUUCCUAUCGCAAUUUUAAUCUGUAUAGCCGUGCAGUUCAGCUUUUUGACAAGACAAAAAAAUUCACCCCCCUCCCUCUACCCCACAGUGGAAAUAAUGUACAUAAGAUAAGCCAUUUUGACUCAGAAUUAACGACGAACAAAAAGAAUGAAAAAUCCGGAAAGGAGAAGUAAGAGAGAAAAUACAGACCAUUGAAAAGAAAAAAUCAUUUUUUAAA